AUGGAUAUUUCUACGGGUGUUGCUCCUCCUGCACCUGCGCCAUCACAAUUAAACACUACGUUCACCGGUCAAAAUACUAUCUAUGUCAACAAUCUCAACGAACGUGUUAAAAUUCCUGAAUUGAAAAAAUGUCUCUACGCUAUCUUUUCGAAAUUCGGUAAAAUACUCGAUAUAGUUGCUCUGAAAAAUCUACGCAUGCGCGGUCAAGCUUUUAUCAUAUUCGAUCAACCAGAUAGUGCUGCACAAGCGUUGACAUCGAUGCAAUCGUUUCCGUUAUAUGAUAAACCGUUGCGAAUACAAUUCGCCAAAGUAGAUAGUGAUGUCAUUGCAAAACGCAAGAACACGUUUGUCGAGAGACCGAAACGUCGUAAUGAUACAGAUGCACCAUCGGUAUCGAAGAAAGAAAAACGUCGACAACAAUUGGCUGCUAAACAAGAACAACAACGUUUAAUGAAGGCACAAAUGGCUGCACAGUUUCCUGGUUUACCAGCUGGUAUGCCACCAAUGAUGCCGGGUAUGCCGUCAAUGAUGAUUCCGCCUCCACCAAUGAUAAAUCGUCCAGUUCUACAUCCGCCAAUCUUUGGCGGAGAAAUGCCAAACAAUAUUCUAUUCGUAUCCAAUAUUCAAGAUGCCAAUGAAAGCAUGUUAACAACACUGUUCAAAGGUUAUAGCGGCUUUCGUGAAGUGCGCCUCAUUCCCGGUCGUGAAGGCAUUGCCUUCGUUGAAUUCGAUCUCGAACAUCAAGCAGCCAUGGCUAAAGAUGGUUUACAAGGAUUUAAAAUUACGCCCGACAAAGCAAUGAUGAUUACAUUUGCUAAAAAAUAG